AUGGCAGAGCGAGGGUCAGAAACGGGGGCCCAAUAUGGGACAGUGGUGGGCCUCCUGAGUUUCUUUAGUUAUAUUACUGUUACCAUAGUGACUGAAGUAAUGGCUGUUGCAAAUGCUGUCCUUCGACGACAAGCCGCUCAGAAUUCUCAGGAAGAUUCACCAGACAUCAAGGAAGAAGUUCCCCUGUUGCAAGACAGGAGACUAGAUCCCCCAAGAUGUAGUGUGUCCAUAAUACUAGUUUUAUUUCUAUUUCAGGGCAAAAUGGCUAAAAUGUUUUUUAACAAUGUUGGAGAGAAGCUGUUCUAUCUGUGUAUAGUCAUCUACCUGUAUGGAGAUAUGUCCAUCUACGUCGCUGCCGUACCCAAGUCUCUCAGGGACACGGUCUGCACCUGGAGACCACUGAACAAGACCAACUGCAACGAAAGUUUGUCUGACAGUGAACCUUGCUGGAGCACCUCCUCACUCACUCGGAUGGAUGCGUACAGAAUCUUUGUGGCAUGUUUUAUCCUGACUUUGGGACCAUUUGUAUUCUUCAAUGUCCAGAAAACAAAGAUCCUUCAAGUUAUCACCGGCUCAGCAAGAUGGCUAGCGUUUGGAAUCAUGAUAGUUCUUGCUGUGAUGCAGUUGGCUCAACAUAAAGGUCAAGGCCGACCAGUGAUGGCCAACAUAGCAGGAGUGCCGAACCUGUUUGGUGUGUGCGUGUACUCCUUCAUGUGUCAUCACUCGCUGCCAUCACUCAUAACGCCAAUAAAAGACAAGUCCAAGUUGUUUAAGGUCCUGGCAGCAGACUAUGUUCUUAUUCUGGCUUUCUACGCCUUGUUGUCUUUCACUGGGAUCUACACCUUCAAGUCUAUAAAGGAUCUUUACACGCUCAACUUUCUUCCAGACGAGUGUGGCAACAAUUCUGUCACAAGUGUCCAAUUUUUCCAAUAUUUUCUUGCUCUAUUUCCAGUGUUUACUCUCAGCACCAACUUUCCUAUCAUAGCAAUUACACUGCGCAAUAACCUACAGACACUGUUUCUAAAACCAGACAAGGACUACUCAAAGUGUGUGCGGAAUCUGUUUCCAUUUUUGGCAGUUAUUCCGCCAACCAUUGUUGCCAUGGUAACCAAUGAAGUGGAGAUCCUGGUUGGUAUAACAGGUUCAUAUGCUGGGGCAGGAAUACAGUAUGUGGUACCGGCACUGCUGGUGUAUUUUGCCAGAAAAGAUCCAAUCGUGAAAGAACAUCAGAACUACCACAGAUCUCCAUUCAGCCAUGUUGGUUGGAUUAUACUCAUACUUGCCUGGUCAGUUGUAUGUGUUGGCUUUGUCACAGUCAACCAUGUUAUUACUAGAAAGUGACCUGAUAACAGGUUCUCCUUCAAAGUACAAUAAGGGGGAAUAACUGGAACAGUAGUGGCAUGCUCCUGUGUAGAGUUGUUUCCCCUUAGAUAUACCAGGAUUAGGUUGAUUGAGAGUUCAAAUUCACGAUUCUUAUGUUAUAUAUCAGGAUCAUAACAGUUUAUACAGAUGUACAUCAUUUUAGGUAAUUAAGGAGAGCUUUCAAGGUUUGCUCAGAUAUGUUUGUGAGAAAAGGAUGUUGAUAUCUGUUUUAUGGGAACGAUGUUCACUGUGUAAUACCAUGGUGUAACGUGUUUUCCGGGUAAUAACGCAAAAGAUGAUCAUGUAAAUUAUUGCGUAUCAGUAGAUUAUCAAAGCUAUUAUUCCGUAAUUAAAUAUCAUCUCACCUUUCAUAAAUUUAUUGUCAGAAUGCAGAUCCGAACAUUUUGUGUCUGUCUGCCAGCG